GUAGCGUCUGAGCGUACGAAGAUUUUACUCGCCAAAAAUAUUUGCAAUUAUUUACCUACAGAAAUGACAUAUUGUUGGCGGCGCGUAUUAUGACAGCGUGUAUGUAAAAAGUGCAGAAAAAACGCAAGAGAAUACAAAAAUAUUAUUGGCAACAACAUUGUGACAGUUUCACGUGAUUGUCAUUAAAUCGCGCGUUCGUCUGCACUGCUCGCGCACCUUUGCGGCUUACCUACACAUUUGACCGCAAGUAAUUUAUGGUAUUUUAUGGUGCGAAAGUGCAAAUAAAUGUAAAAAAAGCAAAGCCUAAAAAACGAGUAAAAAAUUUAUAGAAAUAGUUGAGAGAGAAAAACAGCAAACUCAACAAUAAAGUGUGCGCAAUCGACGUUUGAUAAGAAAGGCAAGCUGCAAUAAAUAAAAAAAAAAAAAUAAUAUUAACGGCAUAAAUCUGCAAAAAACUCGCUUUUUACGCUUACGUGUAACGUAAAGAUCUGCGCUCUGGCUACCUGAUAGCGCUGUGUGCUUUACCAAAAAGUCAAUCGGCCAGUUAGUCAGUCAAUCACCUGCGUACGGCAAUCAAUUCUUUAGUCACCAGUUUGGUAUUUAUUUAUUUAAUGCUGCUGUUGACCUGCGUUGACAAAGUGAAGCCAUUGAAGUUAUUGUGUAAUAGUAGUUUGUGUGCAAAAUGUGUACUAGUGUAUUAAAUAACGUCAAAUGCAUGAAGAAGUAAUAGCAGACGCAGCAAUAAAAGUCUUCAGUUGUCUAACGUUUGGACCCAACCCUAUUCAAUUGCUGGCGCACAAAACUCGAGACGAAAUGACUAAAUAAGACUGAAAAGAAAAGAAAUAAAACGACAACGCUGAAAAAGUAAGCGUGAAGAACCGUGUGACCAGGCGGAGUAAUCAAAUCACAGAGACGACGACAACGACGGCGAAUGAAUAAAUUCAACAAACGAUUUAACUACCUAAUAGACGAGUUGGUAAUUACGCAUGCGCCCGGUUUGUGGCGUGUGGGUAAGCUGUUGCGGCAAACGCGCGGCGAAAAAGUGGACAAACCAGCAAAACUUGCCAAUCACACAAAAACAACAACAAAAAAACGCAGAAACAAAUUUAAUUAAAAGCAAAUUCUAUGCGCUGCAAGAGAUAGAUUAACAAAGCGCACAACGACAAGAACAACAACACAAAAGCCAACUAUGCGCUGAGCUCAAAAAAACCAUGAAAAAGUUUAUCUUUCUUUUUUAACGCCACACACGCGCGCAUGCAGACAUAUACACAUGCACACUUACUAUCUCAACACACAAGCAAGCAAAACCUUACAUAUCAACGCCACAGCGCGCGCUUCCAAAGCGAACGUCAAACGUUAAAUAAGAUAACCAAUAAUAAAUAAAUACACCGCGACAAACAUGGUCAAGGGCAUUUUGGUGAACCGCAAAGCGGAUGACGCGCACAAGGCGCAGCUGAAAAUGGAGCACGCCGACCUCGUCGCCGAAAUGCAAACGGUGGAAAAUCUGCCGACGCACGAGCGCCUGCAGCUGGCGCGACUCCGCCGCACACAACAGCUUAAGGUCGCGCGUCAAAAGGAGAAGGAGUGGCUGAAAUUGCAACGCGCCAAAGGUAACGCGACCUCAGCGCUCAGCGGCAGUCACACCACACAUCACUUUCGCUCGAACUCGGGCAGCGCCAGUCGCCACAUAUCCUUCGAGAGCAGCGUUGUGCUGCUGGAGGCUGCAAGCCGCAAUGAUAUGCACGAAGUGGCCGAGCUGCUGGAGCGUGGCAUUACGCCGGAUGCGGCGAAUGAGGACGGCUUAACGGCGCUACAUCAAUGUUGCAUCGAUAAUAAUAUUGAAAUGUUGCGCUUGCUGCUGGAGUAUGGCGCGAAUGUGGACGCGCAGGAUAGUGAUAAAUGGACGCCAUUGCAUGCGGCUGCCACAUGCGGACACUUGGAGCUGGUGCGAAUACUCAUCGAUCAUGGUGCGAAUUUGUUGGCAGUGAAUACGGAUGGUAAUAUGCCGUACGAUCUGUGCGACGAUGAGAAUACCUUGGACUACAUAGAGGCUGAGAUGUCGAAGCGCGGCGUGACGCAAGAGCUGAUCGAUGAAACGCGCUCAUCGACGGAGCGUCAAAUGCUGAAGGAUCUGAUGGAGGUGGCGCGCACAGGCGGCGAUCUUGAGGAGCCGGACUACCAGGGUGCUACGCCGUUACACAUAGCUGCGGCAAAUGGCUAUGUGCGUGUGGUGGAGUUCCUGCUGGAGAUGCAUGUCAAUGUGGACGCGGUGGAUAAAGAUAUGUGGUCGCCGGUGCAUGCGGCCGCAUGUUGGGGUCAUUUGGAGGUUCUAGAAAUGCUUGCGCAAUGUGGUGCCGAUCUGAAUGCCAAAAAUAAGGAUGACGAAACGCCUUCAGAUAUCUGCGAAGACCCUGAGAUACGCGAACGCAUCGAACAGCUGAAAACCGAGCAGGAGAGUAAACGGCUGGCAGAGGCGCAACGGCGACGUGUGCGACGCUCACAAAGCAAUAACACGCGCGCCCAGUCUGUGCGCCGCACCUCCCUGCGCGACAAGACGCUAACAACCAAAAAGGACGCCGUCGAAGAGGCGCGUCUGCGUUUACAAGCACAAGAAGUCUUCAUUGCACCGGACGGUACAACGCACGCCGAUACAAAUGGUAUCAGCAGCAGCAGCAACACCACUACCAAUAAUCAUCAUUCCACGUUGGCGCUAUUAGAUGGCGUCAACGACACAACACUUGCCUCCACGCACGACUACAAUUGGCUCACGAAAGCGCCAACAAAUAACAAUAACAACGCCAACAACAAUAAUAAUAAUAACAAUACGAUUAGUAGUAAUAAUAACAACGAUAAGAAAGUGGCAGCAUAUACAGCUAGUCUUGCAACGGCGGCGUCGGCAACCACAACGACAACAACAAACGGUACUGUUAACACGUAUUUGCCACAUUCGCUGUCCGCCAUGGAUGUGAUGGAUGCCUCGUCGCAUGCAUUUAAUUCACGUCGACCGCCGGAGGGUCGUGAAAAUGACGAAUUACAGUUGAACGCCUACAAAGCCGGUGGCGGCGAACAUCAUCGUUCGACAUCGGCGUCAGCAAUGAUUGUUAGCGAUCGUAAUAACAUGGCAGCGGCGGCCGCAUCGACGGUCGGCCCGGAUGCGGUGCACAUACAGUCCAGCAAGGAGGCGGCGAAUGGCAAGAUAAAUGUGCAAGUGACAGUGCUCGUGGACACUACCAAUACGCAUCAUCAUCAACAGCAGCAACAACAACAGUUGCAGCAAAGCAUGCUUAUGCCAGCGCAUACACUCUCCAUGGAGAGUCUGAACUCUUCGGCAGCCACACUGGCCAAUUUGAAGAAGCAACGUUCGCUUUCGCGCACAAAUAACGGUAUAUUGAUAAGUGAAAAUGGUUCUGUUCUAGGAGCCGCCAACAACACCAGCAACACAAUCAACAACCAUUUGCACACCGGCAGCGCCAACAACAACAAUUCAAUACUUGCGAACGACACGAGCAGCGGUGCGGUGAAUCAGCAACCGCUGAGCGGCGGUCUACAUCCCAGUCACUUGGAGUUUAACAACGGUGCGGGCGGUGGUGGUGGUGGUGGUAGUAUAACGAGCGGUGGCGAGCAGUCGACCGGCUACUCGAACGCCUCGUCGAUGAACAAGUUUAGCGGCAUAACGGGUGAUGUAGUUAGUGAUAGCACGAGUUCCAAAAAAUGCUGUACGCUAAUGUGAACGCAAGUGUGUAACAAGUGGUCGGUCGGUGCGGCGAGGAUGUUGUAGCAGCGUUACAGUAUUCGCAGUUGGCAUUUUCAAUUUGUGCAUUUGUUGCAACAAUUUAACAGGGUAUUAAAUAUAUGUUUGUAGGUAUGUAACGGUUAUGCAAGUGUAUUUUUUAGACAAGUUGUUGCACCACAAAUACACACACACACACWAUGUACAUCACAAAAUAUGCAGAAAGUAUACUUCGUUGUAAACUCAAUUCACCAAACACACCACUUAUAUGUUUUUUUGUUGAAAGUGCAUAACUUUGGUGCACUCAUACACGGGUAGGCUACAGACGGCUGUUGUGAGAUUGUUGGUGAGUGGAAAAACAAUUUUUUUUUAUUGAGAAUAUAAAAAUUAGUCAAAAGAUUUUGUUAAGCUAGUUAUUGGGAAUGGCGAACUUUUAAUUAAUUUUAAUUUUUCAAAAUUUUUUCAUUUCAAAAUUUUUUCAAUCCAAAUUUUUUUGUCAUUUUUUGAGUUCCAAUUUUGGGGACAAGAAAAUACUAACUCAAGCACUACGGAGUUAGUAUUUUCUAAGAUUUUUUUUGAAAUUGUCUAAAAACUUAAAUAUUUACAAACUUUUCGAACUUUAUAUUAAUAAA